UGUCGGAUAAAACUGGAGCUGAGGGACUCGUCUGCCCCAGGGGGCAUUAAGAGGCACAAUAAGGGACCAGUGAGGGGGCAGCAGUAAAGGGGGUGGGCCAUGAAGAAGGGCUGUAACCAUGACAGGCAGGCAACACCAGGGGUAUUUGGACAAAGAAUUAUGUUUACAGGACCAGAUGGAGUUGGUGAUUACAGAGCCAGCCUAAACGAUUUUCCCCACAUCAUCGGAGAGGGCCCCUUAUCUCCAGAAGCUACAGGUGAUCUUACCUACCUUUAUCGGGCGGCACCAGAAGCCUCUGCUCCCCUGCCCAGGCAGUGUUACGUAGGUGGUGUGGGGUGGGCUGUGGAGUACAGCAGCACAUUGAACACCACCCCUUCACUCAGCAACAUGCAGCAGGGACGUGCGGCUCAGAGGUAACAAGCUCAUCUCAUCAAGGAAACUCAUCUAUUUUCCAUAAUUUCACAGCAAUUAAAAAUUUUCACAUUUAAUAAACUACCUGUGAUAAGAAGAUGUGUUAUAUUA